GGGCGGACCCCGCUCGGUGCCCGCAGCCGCCGUGGCGGUCGGUCCGUCCCCGUUCCGGGGCGGGGCGGCGCCGCUGCCGGUCUGUGUGCCGCGGGCCGCAGGCAGCGCCCGGCGCGGGGCCAUGGCCGGGGCGCGGGGACGAGUCCUCCUCCUCCUCCUCCUCCUCUUCCUCCUCCUGCCGCCGCUGGACGGGCAGCCGGACCGCCACGGUUUCCAGCAGGUUUCUCUGUUGUCUUCCUACGAAGUUGUAAUCCCGCAGAGAUUGGGAAGAGAUCGGCGAGAUGCUUCCAACGUCACCCCAGUGCAGGACAAGGUGUCAUAUGCUGUUCAGAUAGAGGGGAAGGAACACACCAUUCACCUAGAAAAGAACAAAGAACUGCUGCCCAAAGAUUUCACAGUUUACACCUACACUAAGGAGGGGAAGUUGCAAUCGGAACAUCCAGAUGUCCAGGAUCACUGCCAUUACCAGGGAUAUGUGGAGGGCACUCUGGACUCCGCGGUCGCUGUCAGCACUUGCUCGGGGCUCAGGGGUUUGGUGACAAUAGGGAAUGUCACCUAUGGUAUCGAGCCCAUGGAUUCCUCUUCUGACUCCAAACACAUCUUGUAUCGAUUGGAUAACGUGAAGAAAGAGCCCGUGACGUGUGGGGUAACCACUGGAGACCACGAAAGGGAACACACAGAGGAAGAUCACCAUCCCAGCAUGACUCAGCUGCUGCGCAGAAAGAGAGCGGUCCUCCAUCAAACGAGAUACGUGGAGCUGUUCAUAGUCGUGGAUAAAGAAAAGUUUGAAGAUUUUGGGAAGAGUGAAACAGAAGUAAGAGAGCACAUGGUGCAGCUGGCAAACUUCCUUGACAGUAUGUAUGUCAUGUUGAACAUCCGCAUCGUGCUGGUUGGCCUGGAGAUUUGGAAGUAUGAAAACAUCAUCAGCACAGAUGGAGGUGCAGGGGAUGUGCUGGCAAACUUUGUCCAGUGGCGAGAGAAGAACCUCGUGUUGCGUCGGAGGCACGACAGUGCCCAGUUUGUGCUGAAGAAGGGGUUCGGUGGCACCGCUGGAAUGGCCUAUGUGGGAACAGUGUGCUCCAAGAGCCACGCGGGAGGCAUUAAUGUGUUUGGACGGAUCAGCAUACAGAUGUUCGCAUCCAUUAUGGCUCACGAGCUGGGACAUAACCUGGGGAUGAACCAUGACGAUGAGCGCGUCUGUUACUGCGGAGCAAGCAGUUGCAUUAUGAACUCUGGAGCAUCGGGAUCGAGGAACUUCAGCAGCUGCAGCGCAGAGGACUUUGAGAAUCUGACUCUGAACAAAGGUGGGAGCUGCUUGCUCAACGUUCCCAGGCCUGAUGAAACCUACAGCAUCCCGUACUGUGGGAACAAGUUGGUGGAUGCUGGGGAGGAAUGUGACUGUGGUUCUCCAAAGGAAUGUGAAAGCGAUCCUUGCUGCGAGCCGGGUACCUGCAGACUCCGAUCCGGCGCUGCAUGUGCUUAUGGUGACUGCUGUAAAAACUGCCAGUUCCUUCCUCGAGGAACUGAGUGCCGGGCGAGUAACAACGAGUGCGACCUUCCAGAGUACUGCAACGGCACCUUCCAGUUCUGCCAGCCGGACUUCACCGUGCAGAACGGCCACCCGUGCCACAACGAGGAGGCUUACUGCUACAACGGCGUGUGCCAGUACUACGACGCGCAGUGCCAGGCCAUCUUCGGCUCCAAGGCCAAAGCUGCCCCCAACAUUUGCUUUGCUGAAGUGAAUUCCAAGGGUGACAGAUUUGGCAACUGUGGUUUCCAUGGCCAUGACUACAAGAAAUGUUCCAGCUGGAAUGCCAUGUGUGGGAAGCUGCAGUGUGAAAAUGUGAAAACUAUGCCUGUGUUUGGAAUCAAGCCUGCGAUUAUCCAGACUCCCAUUAACCGCACCACGUGCUGGGGCGUGGAUUUCCAGCUGGGCUCUGACGUCCCGGACCCAGGGAUGGUGAACGAAGGCACCAAAUGUGGUAAUGGAAAGAUCUGCAGACACUACCAGUGCGUGAGCGUCUCUGUGCUGAACUACGACUGCGACGUGGAGAAGCAGUGUCACGGGCACGGGGUGUGCAACAACAACCGGAACUGUCACUGUGACCCAGGCUGGGCCCCUCCGUACUGCAGCACCAAGGGCUACGGCGGCAGCGUGGACAGUGGACCUCCGUAUGCCGACACCUCGCUGAGAGAUGGGCUGCUGGUGUUUUUCUUCCUGGUCCUCCCACUCCUUGUAGCUGCUGCUCUGGCCUUUGCCAAAAGAGACAGGCUGAGGCGAAGCUGCAGGAGGUUCAUGUCGCGCUGCCACUCGUCGCCGCCUCCUAGGACAGAAGCCGAACCGCGAGACUACCCCCACAGAGGCCUUUCACACGGCGUGCCGUACGCUCCCAGGGCCGUUCCCAUGGACAUGGUACCAAAUACCUUUCCCGUUCCAUCUUACCCAGUUAACCAACACCCUCAGCAGCGUUACCACCAGUCUUACUACACGCCCCCGCCGUACCAGGUGCCGCAGCCCCAGAAGCUGCCCGCAAGGCCGCCGCCGCCGCAGCAGAAGUGCGCACCUCAGGGACCUCCUCCAGCCCAGCAGAAGUGUUUACCUCAGGGACAGUAUUUCCCUUCUCGACCGGCACCUCUGCCUCCCAAAUAGCUUUGGGCUGCGCUGGGGCCUCCACGUGAGCUGACCUGUUCACCGAGACACAGCUGGAACUGCAGUUUUCCUUCUGGCAUUGAGUGGCCCAUGGCAAUCCCGGGAAGCGCCUGGGAGAAGGCCAAUGAGAUAUGGAAGUGAGGAAUGUAGAACUUCAAACUAAAUACCUCUACCAAAGCUACAGAACUGAAAUAUCCGACCCGGCCUCGGGUCUGUCCGAGCACUGUGGCUUUGGGAACAGCAGCCGAGCUGCCAGCUGGAAGCGGAGCAGCCCGUGGUUAAAUCAUCCUUCAAGUACAGCCCUUAGGGAGUGGCUUUUGGUUUCCCUAUUUCUGCGCUCAGCCCCGAUAAUGAAAUUGUCUGAUUUGUGUUCGUCUUUCAAGAAUUGGAGUCACCCGUCCUGUCUUCCGAACAAGGGAAUCUGGCCAAGGAAUUUAAAGUUAUUCCGCAUGGACUGGAAAACGUUAUCUAUCCACUUCCGCACUGAUGGCACAAGCGAAAUAAGGUAUCAAUGUACUUUUUCAGAGGAAGAUCAAUAUAUUGUAAACAUGUUUAUGCAUGUAUAUAUGUUUAUUGACGUGUAAUAAUGCACUUAAAUUCCUCCUUCCAUGCUGACUGACACUAAGCUGUGCUGUGUGAGCACUACGUUUAAUGGUUUUAAAUCAGUAAUUGUGAAUUGCUAAAUGAGAACCCUGUACUAAUUUCCACUAAUAUCAUGAAUGGGCAGCGAAGACAAAGGUACGAAGAGAUGUGGUUAUGUUUUGGUUUUAAAAACGGGUUGCUCUUAGGUUUUUUAACUUGGGUCUGCAGCCUGAGCGGCAGUCCCUGCAGAACACUGGGAAGCUCUGCCUGGAGCACCUCAGCUUCUCCGCGCACUUUAGACAGGACAAACGCAGCCCUCUUGCCUGACCCUCAGACCUUUUUAGUGUCAGUCAGGAUGCUCAAACAGGCAAACUCGCCUUGGAUUGGACUGCUGGCCUCUUCUACACCACUGGCUAAAUGAGGUUUUCAAGCUCUGGAAAGGGGUGUUCAGCAUUUGGGGUGCUGGCCAAGGAGAUUGAGAUCUGUUAAUCCCGAUACUGUUGUGCCGAGGGUAGAAUCAGGAUGCUGGUGGUCACGAUAUUAGGUUGGUGCAAAAAUAAUUGCUGUUUUUACCCUAAAGCAGUCUGUCUUGCCUUAGAAUUAGAUUUAUUAAUCGAAAUAGGAACCCUUAGAAUCUACGCAUUUUUGCCAACAAGGAACAAGUCUGUUUAUUCCCUUUAGCACAGAAUUCUGGAGUCCUGGAGCCAAUGGAUUAUUGAAAGGCAUCUUGAGCUGCUGCUUGGUUGUGGAAAACUUUGUCUUGCAGUAAGCUGUUGAGAUGCUUGAAAAUGUGGUAAUCAUUGGGGAGAGGUCUGUGGAGGAGGCAGAGUGAGGGAGAGUUUCGUAGCACAGUUCACGCAGCUCCUGCAGAGUUAUUUGUGAGUCUUGCAGUCAGGUGCUGUCAUGGAGAAGAACUGUUCUUCGAGACUGACCAAUGUUGGACGUAAACAUUGCUGUUCUUGGUGCGUUCUGUCAGUCUCCUGUCAGUCCUUCUCUGCUGGUUGAGCCAUAUGUUCACCAUGGCCAAGCGCAUGGGUGGUGUUGGGGUAUUGUUGGCAGCUUGAGCUGCUUUGCUUCCCCUUUUGAACUCCUACAACAAAAUCACUUCAAUUUGGUUUUUUCCUGUCUUCAGUUGGACAGCAGAAUAUAAAAAAGAAUAAACAGUGAAACCAAAACCAUGAACAGUGGUACAAUUCUGUGCUUUAGAAUGGUGAAAUGGAUUCCUUAGGGAUUUCAGGCAAUGGAAAGCAGAGCCUGACCGUGGUGAGUUUGAAACAAAGCUGAGGUAGCUUUUGUUAACCCAAAAUACACAUCAUAGUUCGCAAUGACAAAACCAACAGUUAUUUUUGCACCACCCUAGCAGAAACCUGUUGCACAAACUUGCUAGAAGUGAAAUAAGAUCUGACAAGAGUGCUUGGCUUUUUCACUCUGCUCUCGCCAGCGACUACAGACGCACCCUGUAAAAUCCCCCCCAUAAUAUUGCCAAAACCCAAAUUUUUCUCUGUAAAUACAUCUCCAAAUAUCUCUAUCUAUAGUGUUUGCAUCUGCAGUAAUAGAAUACUUGAACUCCUGUGGUUUCCCUCAAACGUAGAGCUCUAACACUAUUGCAAUACGACAGCGUUGCCUAGAACCUCACCGGCUGUUGUUUGUGGGGUCUCCUGUCUGCUCCACGAUAAUCACUUCCCAGUUGUCGUGUUCUCCUCGGUUUGGGCUGGCGGUGAGGACCGGGAGCAGAUUCCGGAGCCAGCGCCGCUCCCGUUUGCAGGGUGGGGAUGAGGAGAGAAGCCAGGCAGUGAACUCAUCGAGGGAGAGUGUACUCGAUUGUGUUUGAAGCUGUAUGUGUGAACUAAAACUAUGCUGAAAACGGUGCCUUUUAAUAGAUACGAGUUUUUAUACUUCCAGCACGUUCGUUCGCAAUAGCGGCGGGGUGGCGUGGGGCGGCGGGGACGCAGAUAUCGAGAGCGAUCCUAUGGAAAGGAGACAGCUAGCUUGUGCCUGCAGUACUGGAGAUGACUACUGACUUUCUUUUUAAAUGUACACUAAUGCCCGUCCUGCAGCGGGGCCGGAGAAAGCCGUGUCCGUCUCUGUGUCCGGUGCGUUUCGGCCUCGACACGCGUCGCUUAGUCCCAUGGGGCUGCCCAAGGGCUGUGACCGGUCCCUUGACCCCUCUGUACGAGACACCUGAGCAAUAAAGAUGCUGGUUUUGUACA